AUGUCAACCGGGGCGAGCUCGGACGCCGUGGCAGGGGUGGGGCCAGGGCUUGUUGACCCGAUAAGUCCAGACCUCCAGACAUACAUCAAACAAGUCACCGCCGACUGCGAACGCCUCACAGCCGCCUGUGCCACACUCCGGACUGAGCACGACUCCCUCACCUCGACUCACUCUGCCGAAAAGACAGCUCUGGCAGCUGAGAUCGCCGAGCUCGCGGCCAAGCGCGACGCCACUCGUCUUCAGGUCGAAGAGGAACAAAAGGCCGCCGAGUGGUGGCGCAAGAAAGAAGAGUCCAGCUCCGCCGCCCGCCGUCAGGGCGGGGACGUCUCUGGCCGCGUCGCGCGCGCUGCCUGGCUGGCGGAUGAGAAGUCGGCGCGACUGGAAAAGAAGAUAGCGGAGAUGGAGGCGGAGCAUGAAGUUGCGAUUCAGGCGGAGAGGAGUAUCGCUGCAGGGUUGAGAGAUAGGAUUGGGCGGAUCGAGGGGCGGACGAAGGUGCAGCAGGAGGGAAGGGAGGCGGCGGAGGAGAGGGAGAAGGGUGUGAAGAAGGAGAUGGAGGAGUUGAGGGAGAGCGUUGAGAGGGAAGAGGGCAGGCUGAGCGGCGAGGUGCAGGAUCUGCGAGCUGCGUUGAGGGAGGAGAAGCGGGUGAAGGGGGAGAAGGAGGCGGAGAUCGAGAGACUGACUGAGGCUUUGAGGGAUAGUAUGGAGGAGACGAGAGGACUCAAGGCGGCUGCAGUUCCAUCCCGCGUUCUCACCCCACUCCAGCUCAACGUAUCUCGCCCGCAGACGCCCCCGCAUUCACCUCGUCGAAAUCUUGGCGUCAAAUCACCCUCGACCAUGCCCACCACCCCGAAGUCCCAGGCUCGCGCCUAUGUCUACCUCGAGAAACGACACACAGAGCUACAGACGCAGCACAAAACCCUCCAAGCGGCCCUCGAGAAGGCUCAGGCGGCGUAUACAGAAGUGCUCGAGAAGCAUCGCGCGGAUAGGGAGAAGUUCCUGGCAUGGAAAGAGGUCGAAGAUGAACGGAGCAAGGCAAGGAAGCGGAAGAGGGAAGAGCGGCGGCGCGAGCGUGGCGAGAGUCGAAGUGAGGCGGCCGAGGAGGGCGGGAGUGGGAAACGAAGGAAGAGCGGGGAAGGGGUGGAUGAUCGAUCGAAAGUGCUGGUGGAGGCGUCGGAUGAGAGCGCGCCGCUACGGCAAGACGAGAAGGAAGCGGAGGCCAAGACUUCGCAGACUGUGCAGGAGGACCAGCGGGCCAGAGGCACGUCGGCGCAGAGGGCACAGAUGGACAUGGAGGAAGAGGAAGAAGAGGAGCAGGAGUAUUACUCGCCCGAAGACGUCUUCGUGCCCGCCCAUCAGCCGAGUCAGCGAGAAGAGGCCAUGACGGGCAUCUCGCAGCGGCUCGAUAUGGCUACUGCUUCGGAACGACCUGCAUCUCGGUCGUCCUCGCGAACCGGUCGAGUCGAGGUCAGGGCAAGUCCUGCUCCUGCGCAAACUCGGAGGACCUCCGUUACCGCAUCGGUACGGCCUGCUUCGCAAGCGUCUCAGAGGGGCCGAACUGAGACUCGCGGAUCGACCCCGACGCCUGCUGCACGCGGCCGGAGUAGCUCUGUGUCCACCGCCACUCGUUUGGGCCGGCCCGUCCAACCUGCUAGGGCAACGCAGUCCCGCUCAGCCUCCACCGUCCGUGCUCCCGCCACACAACGUCGCGACCCGUCUCCUGACAAGCCCCGGUCUCGACCUGCUGCCUCGCGCCGAUCGGCCUCGCCGCAGAAGACCCCGCUGGCAGCCACUGCUCAUGCCCCGGCACGCACCACGCCCUGGCUCGGCGGUGGCUAUCUCGUUCGGACCGGCUCCAAGUCCAACAUCCUCACUACCGCGGACCCGUUUGAUCUCUCCCCACCCGAGGCGGCAGAAUCACUGCGUGGAGCCGGACCCAGCACUUCCCGCGCCCUCGCCCGCGCCCCGUCGAGCGGAUACGGUACGAGUACGCCGGGCACGAAGCCUUCGCUCGUUCGGGACAGAGGGGAGGCCUCGCUCCGCAAGACCGCCCUCACCCGCUUCCCGUCCGGCAUGUCCAACUCUGCGCGAGGGCAUCAGGAUACGCCUCGACCCCGAGCGGCGAGCAGGCUCGGGGAGAGUAUGGUCGCGUCAGGCUCGGCGGGUGGGACGCAGUCGCCCAGUCUGGCACUGGAGGGGUUGACGAAGGAUGAAAAGGCGAGGCGGUUGAAGGCGCUGAAUAGGUUGAGUGCGAGCGAGAAGAGGGAGGUGUAUAAGGGGUAUAAGCAGGAGGGGGGACGAUACCUGGGGGUGGAUGAGGUUCGCCGACCUGUUACGGAGGCGUACGAGAUUGAUCCCUCGAAGAAUGAGGGGCGGACACACCAAUUCCACGACGUCAAGAGGAAGAAGGAGGACCGGAAGUGUAUGCACGGCGGGGAUUGCGAAGAGUGCCGCGAUUGGUAUGAAGCCAUAGGGCCUAUUCCGCGAUACAACCAAGCUCCGGCUUGGGGCGGUGAGUCCAAGGACAAGGACGAAGAGGACGAGGACAUGGUGCGGGCGCAUCAGAAUAUCGUUUCUCGGCAUCGCGAGACGUGGGUCAAACCGCCUACUCCACCCGGAUACUGGUCCAUCGCCUUCCCGACGACGCAGGAUGUCGAGGCGCAGAAUAGGAGGGCGGACGUCAUGGAGCGGGAGAAGGAAGAGAGGAUACUGAAGGAUGCUGCAGCGUCAAACAGUAAAUGGCGCAAGAAGAGCUAG